CAGAGUUAAUUAUGGACUAUUUCACCGCACCGGUAGGUGAGGAGACGAGAGAGAGAGACAGCGGGACUGGCUAACGUUAGCCAAGAUAAUGCCGGAGAGAGUGAGUUGGAGGAAGAUGAGGAGGAAGAUAUUGCGCUGAUGGAUGAGCCGAUGGUAGCAUGCAAUGUCUCUGACUGAAGUUAUCUGAACGAGGACAAUGUUUCAGAGACUGCAAUAGCUCGGGAGUACAAGUCGAGCCGCAAACUUCACAACAGCGCCGCCCCCUGCUAGCUGCUGUUCACCGGAGGAGACGUGAGAAGACGCGACCUAGUUAAAGAGAUGACUGAUGUGUCUACAACAUCAGAUCAAUACAGCAAUAUCAGCAGCAGCAGCCUCCUCAGCAACCCCCUCAACAGAAGCUCUUCAAUGUACCCAUGCGGAAAACCACUCACUGACCUAUCAAGCAGAAACAUCCAGACAGCCAUCAAUCCUAUGCUCUUUACUGCAGAGCCUCCAGACAGAAUGGAGAAGUCCUCUAAAGUCCACUGCGGUACUCUGCCUAGACCUAGAACGACGACCAGGAAGGAGAGGGAGAACAGAGCCUCUUUACCCACCAGAAAUCACCGACAACGGCCAUCGAAGGCAGGCCGGGUCCCACCAUCAGUGGGGAAAGAGAGACUACAAAAUGAGAAGCCAGAGACAAAAGAGACAGAAAUUAAAGUGAGCUCCACUGUGGUGGACAUAGACACCGUGAGAGAGGAUGAGGUCAAGCAGGAGAACCUGGGGCUCCUGGAAGUGGCGGAGCAGGAGGACGGUCUGAAGCGCAAGAACCUGGGAGUGUUUGAGUGGUUGCUGAUGGUCUUUGUCUUGGCUCUGGUUCUCCUCGUCCUCCCUCUUUCCAUCUGGUUCUGUGUCAAAGUAGUGAGGGAGCAUGAGAGAGCUGUGAUCUUCAGACUGGGUCACCUACUUCGUGGAAAACCAAGAGGUCCAGGCCUUAUUUUCUACCUUCCACUCCUUGAUGUGUGUCACAAGGUCGACAUCCGACUGCAAAUGCUGAAGGUUCCUCCUCACACGGUGGUGACAAAGGACUUGGCGAGGCCAGAGCUGAGUGCAGUGUGUUAUUACCAGAUAGAAAAUGUGGCUUUGUGCAGCGCAGCUCUGUCCUGUCUCACCACCAUGCUGCAGACUCUGGUCCAGGCAUCAGUCAGGGACAUUCUCUCCCAACACACAUUCAGCCACAUCCUGCUGCACAGGAGGAGGAUCGGACAGCAGAUACAAGCAGCUGUGGACUCGGUUGCUUGCCGCUGGGGCAUCAGGGUGGAGAGAGCAGACAUAGAGGAGCUCACUUUUCCUUUGGAGUUACAGCAGAGUCUGGCUGCAGAGGCCGAGGCCAAGAGACAGCACCAGGUCAGAGUAAAAGCAGCAGACGGGGAGAGAGAUGCCUGGGAGGGCUUCAGGGCUUCCCUCCGUCUCCUCCAUCCAGCCCUGGUCCUUCCAAUCCCCCCAGAUCUCCUCAGCGUGACCCCUGACCUCUCAUCUCUACCACCCCCUCCUCCCCCUGCUGUGGAAGGAGAAGGAGGGACGACAGACGGGGAACCAGAUACAGACUCACCAAUGAUGUGACAGCAAUGAAAUUAAACAGUACUGUUGUUGAAUUCUCUGAACUCUGAAAAGCCAUGCCCUAUCUCGGAAUGCUAAAGAAAGAGAAAAAUAAUUUCUGUGUCCACCCUGUAAUACAGACCCGCUCCAAAAUGUGAUGGGUUCUUGCUUGGUCUAUAUGAUACAAUCUUUCAUCAAAUUCAUGAAAAUCAGCCCAGUAGUUUUUCCGUAAUCCUGCUGACAGAGAAGUAAACAAACCAGAUCUAAAACAUUAUUAUGGUACAGCAGUGUGAGCCAUUAACUUUCAGUUUAUGGUAGAGUUUUGGGAGAUUUAAAUUAACCUUCAAGAGAAAUUAUUCUUUGUUUAAGUAGAAUUAAAAAUAAUAAUUAAUAAUUUAUUUUUUACUGAUGCUCUGGGAUUUCAGUGGUCUACACAUGCAAGGUUUAGCAUUGAUGGGUGUGAGAGCCUUUACUCUCUACUCUACCGUAGGUUUGAGUAAUGAUUUCACAAUUUCCGUGAAAAUAAAGGUCCAGAUAAGUGUAACAUGUUUUUGAAAUGUAAUGUCUGCAGAAACUUUAUUUUUUUUGAGGGGAAAAUUAUUUGCCUUUACUUAGUCAAAAACACAUCACAAGGUUAACAAAACCACAGCAAGCUAUCAUAUAAAUGUUAAUGUAACUGAAUAUUAGACAACCUCCUGAUAUUAAAAAUAAUUUAUACUAAGAUGGUAGCGCUGGUAAAUGAUGCUUCUUUUAACCUGUUUUUUUUAUUCAUUUGUGCAACAUAACUUUUACAACUCUGUGAUAGUACAUGUAUUAGUAAUACUCACCAGAAGUCAUAUACAUUUUUUCUUUACUGGUUUAAUAUAUGUGACUGUAAUGGUUUUCAGGCGAUGAGUCUUGUUACAACAGAGAAAAUACAUGAAACAUAAAAAACCUAAAAGGAACUUGAUGACA